ACUUCAAUUCUGUAGUCUUGAAUUUUUUAUGUCAUUUUUCUCUAUUCUUUUUUUAUUUUGUCCGUUAUUCUCUAUUCUUUUAAAUUCUAGCACCCCAUUAUUCUCUAUUCUUUAUUUUUAUGGCCUAUUUUUCUCUAUUCUUUAUAUUUUGCACUUAAUUCUACAUAUUUUACCCAUAAUUCUCUAUUCUGUAAACCCCGUCCACAUCCUCCUUUAUCAUCUGAUCAUCAAUCUAACACCUAAUUACUUGGAAACUCAGUUUGUCUACCCAUAUAUAAAUAAUGAUUUCAUCUUAUAAGUGCCAUUUUCUAACUGAGAGUUAGAAAGAUACUGAAGUUUAUUCACUUAGAACAAAUGAGUAAAUGACUGAAGUUAGAUUAGAAAAUUUAUUAAGAAGCACCAAGAAAUAUUUCCGAGUUCAUACUUUUGUGAGAGGAAAUCACUUCACUACACUUGUAUUUAAUAACAAUGUUUGGAAAAUCCUUGAAAAUAAAAGACGAUCAACUCUCACUAUUACAAGGAUAAAAGACAAUCUAGACAAUCAUAGAGUACCAUCCAGAAACCAUUACUAAGAUAAACGACUCAAAACAAGCAAACGAUACCGUCCAGAAACCAUUCCAAGGAUAAAAGAAUAUCUAAACAAUCAUAGAGUACCAUCUAGACACCUACAAAGAUAAAAGACUAUAAUAGACAACCAUACUGUACCAUCUAGAAACCAUUCCAAGGAUAGAGAGAACACAUACAAAAUAAAACAGCACAUUCCAGAAACCAUUACAAAGAUAGAGAGAAUUUCUAGACAACAAUACAGGUAACCAUCUAGAAAACAUUACAGUACCAUCUAGAAACAUCACAAGGAUAGAGAGAAUAUCUAGACAACAAUACCGUACUAUCUAGAAACCAUUACAAGGAUAGAGAGAAUACAAAGACAACAAUACAGUACAAUCUAGAAACUAUUACAAGGAUAGAGAGAAUACAUAGACAACAAUACAGCACCAUCUAGAAACCAUUACAAUGAUAGAGAGAAUACAUAGACAACAAUACAGCACCAUCUAGAAACCAUUACCAGGAUAGAGAGAACACAUAGACAACAAUACAGUACCAUCUAGAAACCAUUACAAGGGUAGAGAGAAUAUCUAGACAACAAUACCGUACCAUCUAGAAACCAUUACAAGGAUAGAGAGAAUAUCUAGACAACAAUACCGUACCAUCUAGAAACCAUUACAAGGAUAGAGAGAACACAUAGACAACAAUACAGUACCAUCUAGAAACCAUUACAAGGGUAGAGAGAAUAUCUAGACAACAAUACCGUACCAUCUAGAAACCAUUACAAGGAUAGAGAGAAUAUCUAGACAACAAUACCGUACCAUCUAGAAACCAUUACAAGGAUAGAGAGAACACAUAGACAACAAUACAGUACCAUCUAGAAACCAUUACAAGGAUAGAGAGAAUACAUAGACAACAAUACAGUACCAUCUAGAAACCAUUACAAGGAUAGAGAGAAUACAUAGACAACAAUACCGUACCAUCUAGAAACCAUUACAAGGAUAGAGAGAAUAUCUAGACAACAAUACCGUACCAUCUAGAAACCAUUACAAGGAUAGAGAGAACACAUAGACAACAAUACAGUACCAUCUAGAAACCAUUACCAGGAUAGAGAGAACACAUAGACAACAAUACAGUACCAUCUAGAAACCAUUACAAGGAUAGAGAGAAUACAAAGACAACAAUACAGUACCAUCUAGAAACCAUUACAAGGAUAGAGAGAAUAUCUAGACAACAAUACCGUACCAUCUAGAAACCAUUACAAGGAUAGAGAGAAUAUCUACACAACAAUACAGCACCAUCUAGAAACCAUUACCAGGAUAGAGAGAACACAUAGACAACAAUACAGUACCAUCUAGAAACCAUUACAAGGAUAGAGAGAAUACAUAGACAACAAUACAGUACCAUCUAGAAACCAUUACAAGGAUAGAGAGAAUAUCUAGACAACAAUACAGUACCAUCUAGAAACCAUUACCAGGAUAGAGAGAACACAUAGACAACAAUACAGUACCAUCUAGAAACCAUUACCAGGAUAGAGAGAACACAUAGACAACAAUACAGUACCAUCUAGAAACCAUUACCAGGAUAGAGAGAACACAUAGACAACAAUACAGUACCAUCUAGAAACCAUUACAAGGAUAGAGAGAAUAUCUAGACAACAAUACAGCACCAUCUAGAAACCAUUACAAGGAUAAAGAGAAUAUCUAGACAACAAUACAGUACCAUCUAGAAACCAUUACAAGGAUAGAGAGAAUAUCUAUUGAGUAACCAUCCAAAACUCAUUCCAAAAAUUAAACAUAAUUAUGUCUCACCAAAAGUCUGAAUCAUUGCAUUUUUAUGAAUAUUUGUGUCAGAAGAUUGGAUCAGAGAAAGAAGUAACAGCAAGACGACUGGCAUUUAUAUGUAGUGAUUUACAGGUAUCCAACAAAUUAUUUCUUAAUAUAAGCAGUGGAAGUAAGGGAGAAGGACUAGAUCUUAAAGGUAGUGAUAUUGAUAUCAUGACCAGUUUUCCUUUCUUCAAAGUAUUUGAAUCAGAUAAAGAUAUCAAGCCUGUAAAUGAUUACUGUAUAAUGACAUUAGUCAUGAAUACUGAGGACACACAGCCAUGUUUUACAAAUCUACAAUUAUAUUCUAAUUAUAACACUGUACCAAAUGAAUUUAAACAAACUCUACUUCAACAUAGAGGAAUGAAUGUACUUUCAAGUGACCUUUACAAAUCAUAUUUCUUAUCAUUAUGUAAAACCAAUUUACAUCCUCACUAUAAAAUUAAUGGUCCGUGCAUUACAGACAAUUACGAUUAUUUAGAUUCUGCAUUCUCCAUUAAAUGUGAUCAGUGGCUAUCUACAGCACAACCAUGGAUCACUAGACCUCGUUCAGCAUGGCCUUCACCUGAACUUAUUUCCAAAAUUACUUCAUGCGGCGUCUUAUUUGUUCCUAUCGGCUACAAGGGAUCUAUAAAUGAGCAUGUUCAGUGGCGAAUAUCCUUUUCUAUUGCAGAAAAAAUACUGAUAUAUUCUUUUAAUCAUACCCAGUUGCUAUGCUAUGCUCUGCUUAAAAUUUUAUUGAAAGAAAUUGUAGAUAGAAAUGAAGAUAUCAAAGGUUUACUGUGUUCAUAUUUUCUGAAAACCCUUUUGUUUUGGAUUUCAGAGGAAACUGAAACAUCAGUCUGGAGAUCAGACAAUAUCAUAUCAUGUUUCUUGGCCUGUUUGAAAAGGUUAUUGUACUGCAUUGAAUAUUCAACAUUGCUUCAUUAUUUCAUUCCUGACAAUAACUUGUUUUAUACAAAGUUUUUGAACAGUAAAAACCAGAACACAUUAAUCAACAUCCUUAAGAAUGCAUAUCAAACAGGAAUUCAGAUAUUCUCAUCAACUAAGACCUUGCAUGAUUACAAAAGAUUACCUUGUGUGAUUGUGAAAUCAGUGUGUGAAACUACUACAUUAAUCAAAACAAUAGUAAAGCACUUUUCCUAUCCAACAGAGCAACCUAGUAUCGGUAGAAUCAACAACACAUUCACCAAUUUGCUGCAUCAGUCAUAUCUUUGUAGGAGAGAAUUAUCUAGAUAUAUCUUAACACUAUUAAUAGCAAAUACAUAUCAAAGAUUACCUUCUGAAUUACCACAUAUAAAUAACCCAAACAAUAAACAGCAAUACAGAAUCUACAAACAUGAGCUCAGUCAGUUGUUGGUUGGCUUACAUUCAGAUGCAGUAUCUGGGUGGCUUAAAUUGGCCUCUUUCUUUUACUGUCAUAAACAUUAUUAUAUCUCAAUAGAUAUCAUAAAUUACACUUUGUCAAAAUGUACAUAUGAAUCAAUAUUGUCAAUGAUCCCAUUGAAACAGAUAGAGAAACAGAAGCUUAUAUCACUGUUGAAGACAUAUCCAAAUCCACUUGUAUCAUUUGUAUCAUUUCCAAUUUACUCAUCAAUCCUACCAAUGGAAUUAAGAAGUGAUUCCUUUGAACCUAAGAUAACUGUUGACUACAUACCAUUUGCAUAUUUUCUACUAUUCCUGUGUUAUUACCAUCUCGAGGACACUAAAGCAUGUCAAUGGUACAAUGGUAUAUAUCCGAUGAUGAGGACAAUCUUGACAAUGGCUAACAAUUAUGAUAAUGGCUUAUCAAAGAAAAGAGUGUGUAAUCAAGAUUUUAUUUUACUUGGAAUAGCCAAUCAGAUGUUUGGUAGUAGUAGAUCAGCAAAAGACUGGUUCGGAGUUGCUGCAAGCAUGGAUCUGUGUAAAAUUACAAGUGCUGCAUUUAGACUGCAACAAAUCAGCUAAUGCCAAACUUAUGAAUAAAACAGAUUUAUUUUAACACAUGCUGUCAUUUAGGAUUUUUUUUUUUUAAACAUGUUAAAUAAGAACACAUUGUCAAUGUUGUCAAUGCAGCUUUUUAUGGUUUUUAGUAAAUUCCUGUACUAAAAUAGCUAAAAAUUAUGUUAACUAGAAUAAAAGUCAUCACAUAGAUAUUUUAAAAAAUCACGAGAACAAGAAAUAAAUAGCUUAAGUUGCAUAUAGUUUGUUUAAUCCACUGCAGAACCCCUAAUUGAAGUACACAGUGAUGAUGUACAUCAUUUGUACAUGCCAUUGGAUAUUAAUAAACGUAUAAAUUUUUUAAUGAAUUAACCAUUCAAUGUAAUUCAGUUUUAAUCACAUUUUUUUAAUGUUUGUAUAUUUAUUAUUGUGCAAAUUUUAAU